UCCUGUUCUCUACACGUUCAUUGUGAAGAAGCAAGUAAACAUGGCUGUUCCCAGCAGCGCAGUGUUUGACUGUAUUGUAUUAGGAGCAGGAAUCCAAGGCUCCUUCACUGCCUAUCACUUAGCUAAAAACCACAAGAAGACCUUACUACUGGAACAGUUCCCCCUCCCCCACUCCAGAGGCAGCUCUCAUGGGCAGACACGAAUAAUUCGUAGAGCAUAUGCGGAAGGUUUUUACACCGACAUGAUGGAGGAGAGUUACCAGCUCUGGGCAAAGCUGGAGAAGGAGUCUGGACUAAAAUUAUACAGGAAAACGGGCCUUGUGGUCAUAGCCCCAUCUGGUAAUGAAGAGUUUCAGACAAUAUGUAAGAAUAUGGAAGAAAGGCAUUUAUCAUGGGAGCCUCUGACUCAAGAACAAUUCAAGCAGAAAUGUCCAGGAUUUGUUCUAAAGCCCGGAGAAGUUGUCUGCUGUGAGCAUGAUGGUGGAGUUCUGAGUGCCGACAAGGCCUUACGGGCUGUGCAGGAACAGUUCCAAAAAAUGGGCGGAGUAAUCCGUGAUGGGGAAAAGGUAAAGCACAUAAAACCUGGACAGGUGGUAACUGUGACAACCACCUCCGGUAUCUUUGAAGCUGAAAGAUUAGUCAUUACCGCAGGCCCUUGGGCCCAGAAGGUUCUCAGCCUUCUUGGCCUUGAAGUACCUCUGAAGACACUGAGGAUUAAUGUAUGUUAUUGGAAAGAAAAGACUCCUGGAACAUCUGGACUCCUGGAAACCUUCCCUACCUUCCUAGGUGUAAACCUGAAUGGAGAAGAACAUGAGGUGUAUGGUCUACCCUCCCAGGAGUACCCUGGCCUCUUUAAGAUUUGCUUUCAUGGUGGAAACGAGGCAGAUCCUGAAGAGCGUGAGCUUCAGGACAAACCCAACCAAAUAGAAGAUAUCCAAAUACUUUGUCGUUUUAUCAGCCAAUAUCUUCCUGGUCUGCAUCCUAAGCCUGCUGUGAUAGAACAGUGCAUGUAUACGAGUACACCGGACUGUAAUUUUAUUUUGGACUAUCACCCUCUCCACAAAAACAUUGUCAUAGGAUCUGGGUUUUCAGGUCAUGGUUUCAAACUUUCCCCACUGGUUGGGAAAAUAUUAUGUGAUCUCAGCAUUGGGAAGCAGCCGUCACAUGAUCUCAAGCCCUUCCAUAUAGGUCGGUUCAAGACCCCUACAAUGCAGAGAAAAGAACCAUAAAUAGAAAAUAUGUUCUGCUAUAAAUGUUAUCAGUAACCCGAGGCAUCACCAAUUGCAUUUACAGUAUGAAACCCACCACACGGAGACAACAUUGUUCUGCAGAAUAACCAAUAGAAUCCCCCACAGAGCAAUAACAUUGUUGUCCAGAAUAAUAAAUCGAGAUUUUAAGA